AUGGCACACAAUGGAUAUUCGGUGCCUGGCCUGCUUUACUGCUUUGCUUUCUUUCUUCAGUUACUUCAAAUCGGUAAUGGAGAUGUGAGCUAUUCUAUUCCCGAGGAAAUGAGACCCGGAUCUGUUGUAGGAAAUAUAGCAAGAGACCUCGGACUCAACGUGGGGAAGUUUUCUGCUCGAAAGGCCCGCAUUGACACCGAACUGAACCGCAAACGGUACUGUGACAUCAAUCUAAACACCGGGGAUUUGAUUGUGGCUGAGAGAAUCGACAGAGAGGCUCUUUGUGGCGAAAAGGCAUCUUGCAUCCUUAAAUUUGAGCUGAUCUUAGAGGCUCCUCUUGAGUUGCACCGCAUUUCCCUGCAGAUACACGAUAUUAAUGAUAAUCCACCCGUUUUUGCUAAAGAUGAAAUCAAAAUAGAAAUCAACGAAUUGGCUGUAAAGGGAUCCCGGUUCCGUGUUUUGGAGGCGCACGAUGCAGAUAUCGGACAAAAUGCAGUUCAAAGCUAUGCAUUGCAGACAAACAGUUAUUUAGAACUGAAAACUCAGUCAAAAUUAGACGGAGGUAAAUAUGCAGAGCUGGUGUUGGAAAAGGAAUUAGACCGCGAGGAACAGCAGGAAUUGAGAUUACUUCUCACUGCACUAGAUGGAGGCAAUCCCAAAAGGACAGGCACUGCAACUGUGUACGUGACUGUCUUGGAUGCUAAUGAUAACGCUCCAGUGUUCAGCCAGGCCGUAUAUGACGCUAUUAUACCCGAAAACGCACCUCUGGAUACGGUAGUGGUUAAAGUGGCCGCAACUGAUGCAGAUGAGGGUCUAAAUGGUGAAGUAACUUAUGAAUUAAGUCGUAUUUCAGAAACGGCCAAAAGAGUAUUUGCUUUAAAUCACACCACAGGGGAAAUAAAAGUAAUAGGGCCUUUGGAUUUCGAGGAAGAAUCAGUGUAUGAAAUGCGCGUAGAUGCCAAAGAUGGAUAUGGCCUUACCUCAGAUUCUAAAGUUAUAAUAAAGCUUUCUGAUGUUAAUGACAACCCACCUGGUAUUAGCUUAAAAUCGCUCAAUAACCCCAUCCCCGAGAAUGUGUCACCUGGUACAGAGGUGGGCAUCAUUAACGUGCAGGACAGAGAUUCUGAGAAAAACGGACAGGUCCGUUGUUUUAUUCAGCAGGGUGUCCCCUUUAAGUUAGUUCCUUCUAUUAAAAACUAUUAUUCUCUGGUGAGCACAGGACAACUGGACCGUGAAGUGGUGUCUGACUACAACAUUACAAUCAGUGCCACUGACGAGGGCUCUCCACCUCUGUCCUCGUCCAAAAGUGUUCAGUUAUCUGUAGCUGACAUCAACGACAACCCUCCUGUGUUUGAUCAGGCCGUUUACAAAGCCAGUUUACCUGAGAAUUCUCCUGCUGAUACUGUCGUUGUAACUGUAAACCAGACUCUGAGGAAAAGUCCAACAGAUUUCCUCGAGGCUUUCGGAGAUUCUGAUGAUUCUUCCCAGAACCUGAUUGUGUCAGUGAGAGACAACGGACAGCCCUCUCUGUCUGCCACCUGCUCCAUGUAUUUACUGAUUUCUGACAACUUGGCUGAGGUGCCGGAACUGAAAGAAAUGUCGAACUAUGAGAAUAAUUCCAAGCUGACCUCGUACCUGAUUAUUGCUCUGGUGUCUGUGUCCACCUUCUUCCUGACCUUCAUCAUCAUCAUCCUGGGUGUGAGGUUUUGUCGCAGGAGAAAGCCCAGACUGUUGUUUGAUGGAGCAGUUGCCAUCCCCAGCGCUUAUCUCCCUCCUAAUUACGCAGAUGUUGACGGCACAGGAACUUUACGCAGCACUUACAAUUAUGACGCGUACCUGACAACAGGUUCUCGGACCAGUGACUUCAAGUUUGUGACAUCUUACAAUGACAACACUCUGCCUGCAGACCAGACUCUAAGAAAAAGCCCCACAGACUUCCUCGAGGCUUUCGGAGAUUCUGACGAUUCUUCCCAGGUAAGAAAGUGA